AUGGACAACCACCAGAUAUCGGCUCAAAACUCAGAAAGCCCGUCAGGAGUAUCUGAUACGCCAUGUCGACGGUCAAAGACCGGCUGCCAGCAAUGCCGCCAACGCAAGAAAAAAUGUGACGAAACCCACCCACGCUGUACCUCAUGCAUCAAAAGAGGGCUCUCCUGCGACUGGCAGCCUCCCAAACGCUGUAGCCAGCAGAUCGCUCGCCGCCGCCAUGCAUUCAACAAAGACUUUACGGUCCAGUCAGAGAUGCGCUCCCUGAUCACCGUGUUCGCGCUCCCGCCGGCAUCUGUACAGGAUCGACUUAUGUCACAUUUCCGCGCAAAGAGUCCCCGUUGGCUCUCGGCGAGCGGUGGCGAAAAAAGCGAAGAGUAUUUGGGACUCAUCAUCCCGGUUGCGAUUCGGAAUCCUGUCGUUCUCAAUUGCAUCCUGGCUUUGGCUGCGGGCGACAUGUGCAAGUAUGAGCCGGCGAGUUCUAACUUGCUCGGCCUUACGCAUGGCUUCUACGGUCAGGCUGUGGCUGGAAUCCACGCAGCUCUGAAUAAGCAGAAUGAUCGAUCUGAAAAUUCUGCCGUUCCAUCGCAUCUCAGCGAUGGUCAUGAAGCCUGUCCGGGAGACGACAUAGUACUUGCAAUCAUCCUCCUCUGUGUUCAUGAGGCUGUCAACUACACUCAUAGUGAUAGGCUCAUACCCCAUGUCAAUGCAGUGGCAGCUCUGUGUUAUGGCAGUUGUCGAGACGCGAAGACAGAUUCUCCUUUGCGAGCAAUCACUAUUGAGAUAUUCUGCUACUUUGCUGCCUUGAUAUCAUUCUCUCACGGUCGAGAGCUUAAACUUGACUUGGCAUCUCAUAUUUUCAACUCUCCUACUGUUUGGGGCAAGGGGUUUCACGGAACCUUGCUAGUACAUCGAUGCCGCGAAAUCUUCUCAACCAUUCUGAAAGUUGCUGUUCUUAUCAAAAACACCUCCUUAGUUUCGACAGUGCCUUACCUUGUGUCUGUCGAGCUUCGAAACUUCGAAAGCCAACUUCUAAGCCUAUCAACCGAUGUAGAACCCGGUGCCGCAAAAACACACGAAGACACAACUUCCGAGUUGUACCGGCUCGCCUGUCUUGCGUAUAUCAAGCUGCUUCUUACGCCAACACUCAGCCAUCGCUCGUUAGAAAUACAGCUCCUCGUAAGGCGGUUUGUUGUCGAGCUCAGCCGUCUCCCAUCCGACUCUCCGGCAAACAAUAUAUUGUGCUGGCCACUGGUUGUCAUUGGCCUUUGCUCAGUGAUGGCGGUUCACCGUCGAGACAUUGGAGGGAGAUUGAGAAAAAUGCAUGAGACUUCGUGGAGGUCCGACAUUGUGAGCAGAAGCGCUGAGUUCUUGUCCCAGAGAUGGAAAGAGGAUGUGCCAUGCGAUCACGAAUGCAGGGAAGAACAGUCUCCAAGUGCAAUUCAAUGCGCAUGUAACACCUCACGCUGCAUCCCAAAUGCUGCGAGGCGGCACUUUGAUGUGCCAAUAGUAUUAUUAUAG